CUUUAGAUGGGAAUAGCAUUGCUCCGCCUCUGCUUCUAGGAAACACCCAGCCUGAAGCUUUCACACUGGGUGCAAGUAGAGUACAGUGCAUAAUCCAGGCGUGUUUCAACAGAUGGUUGGAGCUGGCCUAAUUCAGUCAUCGCAGUUGAAUGAGGUUGAGAGGAGAAGCUAUUGAGAGCCCCUUUUGGAGCUGUGUGGUCUCAGAGUUUGCUUGGCAUUGUUAAGCGGACUCUUUUUGAGCAGCCUCUUGUCCCAGAAAUGAGAGGAGACUGACUGAUAAAGGUUCAAACACCCACUAUGUUACCAUGCUGAUUGCAGUCAGCUUGUCUUGUGCUGAAGGUGGACGGACGCACACCUUCUGUGACACUUUCGACAUCACAGCUGCGACGAAUCAGAAAGUUCCACCGAAACACUCUCUCGCUUUGAGGGGCAGAGAAGUGAGAUUAAAGAACUGAAAGCGACCGAAGCAAAGAAGAAAUACUCUCCUUCCUCGGGUGGACAGGAGGCACAAUGUUACAAUCAUGCCGGGCACUGGGGUUGAUUUUGCUGUGUGCUGUAGCUCUUGUGAGUCCCGGAUCAGCCGUCCUGCGCUUCAAAGCCCGUUUCCAACGAGAUCGCAGGAACAUCAGACCCAAUAUCAUCCUCAUUUACACGGACGAUCAAGAUGUGGAGCUUGGUUCCUUGCAAGUGAUGAAUAAGACCAAAAAGAUCAUGGAACAAGGAGGAGCCCAUUUCACAAAUGCUUUUGUGACAACACCCAUGUGCUGUCCUUCGAGGUCCUCUAUGCUCACAGGGAAAUAUGUCCACAAUCACAACACUUACACAAACAACGAGAACUGCUCAUCCCCUUCCUGGCAGGCCACACAUGAGGUCCGCACAUUUGCAGUACAUCUGAACAACACUGGAUACAGAACAGCUUUCUUUGGAAAGUAUCUCAAUGAGUAUAAUGGCAGUUACAUUCCACCCGGCUGGCGAGAGUGGGUUGGAUUAGUGAAGAAUUCACGGUUUUACAAUUACACACUUAAUAGAAAUGGCGUAAAGGAGAAGCAUGGAUUUGACUACUCAAAGGACUAUCUGACAGACUUGAUGACCAAUGACAGCAUGGAUUACUUUAAAUUGUCCAAGAAGAUUUAUCCGCACCGACCGGUCCUGAUGGUCAUCAGCCACGCGGCUCCUCAUGGACCUGAGGACUCAGCCCCUCAAUACUCCAGAAUGUUCCCCAACGCUUCCCAGCACAUCACCCCCAGCUAUAAUUAUGCACCCAACCCAGACAAGCACUGGAUUAUGAGGUACACGGGACCAAUGAAACCCAUUCACAUGGAGUUUACCAACAUGCUGCAGAGGAAGCGGCUGCAGACUUUAAUGUCCGUGGACGACUCAAUACAAAAGGUCUAUGACAUGCUGGUGGAAACUGGCGAAGUGGAAAAUACGUAUAUAAUCUACACUGCAGAUCACGGGUACCACAUUGGACAAUUUGGGCUCGUUAAAGGGAAAUCGAUGCCUUAUGAGUUUGACAUCCGCGUGCCAUUUUUCAUACGUGGUCCAAAUGUGGAGUCUGGAUCAAUAAUCCCACAAGUUGUACUGAACAUUGACCUUGCUCCAACAAUAUUAGAUAUCGCUGGCCUCGACAUUCCACCUGAAAUGGAUGGCAAGUCUAUCCUUAAACUCCUAGAAACCGAAAAACCCGUUAACAGGUUCAACUUAAACAAGAAAACAAAAGUUUGGCGAGAUUCCUUCCUUGUGGAAAGAGGCAAACUCUUACAUAAGAGGGAAGACAGUAACAAUUCUCAGGAGGAAAACUUUCUGCCAAAGUAUGAAAGAGUGAAGGAUCUUUGCCAGAGGGCAGAAUACAAGACACCUUGUGAACAAAUUGGCCAGAAAUGGCAGUGCGUGGAGGACCCGACAGGAAAGCUUCGGCUACACAAGUGCAAAGGGGUGGCCCUGGCAUCAUCAGUUUCCAGCAAAGAUGACACCAGCAGCCUUCAGCCCAAAUCCUACAGCAGCGAUGGAGAAGACUGCAAAUGCGAGGAAAAUCGUUACAAAAUAAGCCAAAGAGUGCGGCAGAAACAGAAACUAUUUUCCAAGAGAAAAUUGAAGCAGAACUACAUGCGCAACAGGUCUGUACGUUCAGUGUCCAUUGAACUGGAGGGAGAGGUUUAUGACCUGGAUUUGGAUGAGGGAUUUGAUCCAGUUGUGCCAAAGAACGUCAGUAAAAGGCAUUAUGUCGCUGACGAGGAUGAAGAGAACAUGGGUGAAAGCAGUGGCACUGACAAUAAUAAUGAAUUAAUCAUACCCAGUUCGAUUAAAGUCACACAUAAAUGCUAUAUAUUGGCCAAUGACACAGUUCAUUGUGAUGGCGAUCUGUACAAAUCGCUCCAAGCGUGGAAGGAUCACAAACUGCACAUUGAUCAUGAGAUUGAAACCCUCCAAACCAAAAUAAAGAAUUUACGUGAGGUUAGAGGACACUUGAAGAAAAAAAGGCCCGAAGAGUGUGACUGUUCCAAAUUGAGUUUUACCUCUAAACAUAAGGGAAUGAAAGGAAAGCUCAAGCACAAAGGAGCUAAUCGUCAUCCCUUCAAGAAAGGAGGCCAGGAUAAGAACAACAAUCUCUGGACCUUUAAGGAAGAGCGCAAGAAGAAGAAACUGCGGAAGAUGCUGAAGAGGCUGAGAAAUAAUGACACCUGCAGCAUGCCUGGUCUCACCUGCUUCACACAUGAUAACCAACAUUGGCAGACCCCCCCACAUUGGCAAUUGGGCCCCUUCUGUGCUUGCACCAGUGCAAAUAACAACACAUAUUGGUGCUUAAGGACCCUCAAUGAAACCCACAACUUCCUAUUCUGUGAAUUUGCAACAGGUUUUCUGGAGUAUUUUGAUAUGAACACGGAUCCUUACCAGCUUAUUAAUGUGGUGAACACAUUAGAUCGAGAUGUUCUGAACCAGUUACAUGUACAACUUAUGGAGUUACGAAGCUGCAUUGGCUCGAAACAGUGCAACCCACGCACCAGGAACAUGGACGCAGAAGAGAAAGCUGAGGAAAACUUUGAUCAAUACAGGCAAUAUCAGCGUCGGAAAUGGCCCAAAUCGAAGAGACCAAACUCCAAGUCCCUGGGACAACUGUGGGAAGGAUGGGAAGGCUAGACACCUGGGGAGCCCAGAUCUCACUGGAGGGCAUCAACUGGCAACAACUUGAACCUUUGUACAGACGAGAUGAAAACCUAUGUGAUUAUCAGCUAAAUUUCAAUGUUAGCCUUGAAGACUGGAUGAACAAUUGGGCUGAUGUAGAUAGAAUGUUUGCACUGUUGGGAAAUUUGAAUAGAUACCAAUAAAUCAUCUUCCAGGGAUGACGAGGGAGAGUCUGGUUGCUCGUCCCAGUGGCUGUAACUCAGAACAUUUCUUUACUUUGUCCAUAAUAAAAAAAAAACACCAGUUUUAAAAAUGGACUCUGUUGCCAUCGAGGACCUGAAUAACGAUUCAGUAUGAGCUGGGGUGGGGGCAGGAGGACAUACUUUGCUGCAGCAACAGGGAGCACAAGAAAUGCCAAUAACCAGUCAAAUAUAUUUAACUUAUCUGAUGGGGGAGAGGGCUGGGAGGGGAGGGGAGGGAACUCGUGCAACAAUUACAAGGAUAAGGUUGAUCAAAGUUCAAGAGACACUGGGACAAAAAUUCAAAAUCAAGAAUCAGAAGAAUCCGAUGGAGUUGUUUGUUUGGAGCCACGAAGACCUCGUGGAAUACAAACAACGUGACUGUGUGUGAGUUUAAGUGCAAGGAAAGAAAACACUUUAACAGAGGACAAUAAAUGUUAUUGAACACCCUCCCUCCCUCCCUCUCCCCCUCACCCUCACUCUCCCUCUCCCUCUCCCGGUCAUUCUGAUCGUUCUUCUGAGGAUUUCUGUGUUGUCUCAGGGUCUUGCAAUCCGUCCAGCAUUAGCCAUCAUUGUUUCUAGUCAGCUUCAAGAUUCACAACAACUAGAGAAACACUGUCUUCUUCUGUAUAAUAUGUAGGAUCACGACUUGUAAAUAUCUCCUUUUAUUGUCUGUCCAUCGAUGGAAGUUUUAUUCGAGUGAUUUAGAAUGUAAGUCGGUACAAUCUGGAGUGGCAGGUUACUAGGGCUGUACGUGCAAACACAGUCGCCAAAAAAAAAAAAAACACAAGUCACCAUUAAAAUUCCCGUCAUUUGAUUGAUUUAGGCAUUAUUUAAUGCUGUACGGGGAUCUGCUUUUUAGUUGCACCAGUUUGGAAUUCAACCAGCUACUGACAAUGCCUUAUUCAGAAAAUAGGUUUAUUCUAAUAUAACAGAACCUUUAUAGGAACCUUCUCCAUUGCACAGUGUUGGAACAUCUUUUCCUUUGUACAGACACAAAGUAAAGACAAAAAGCUCCAUGUCAAAGCACAUCAUUUCCUCACUUGUGAAAGAAAGACAUUAUUUUGAUUAAAAUAAUUAUUCCUUUGCCCCACGGAGGGG